AUGCAUCGAUACAGAAAAGCCAAGAUCUAUAAGGGAUAUGUUUGUGUUUUUGUAUGCUCAGCUACCAAAGCAAUACAUCUUGAAGCUACUUCAGACCUUACUUCUGAGGCUUUUUUGGCCGCUUUUAAGCGUUUUGUUUCGCGUCGUGGCAGAUGUUCUUUUAUUUCUAGUGAUCAAGGUACUAAUUUCAAAGGUGCCAGCAACCAAAUGCUUCAAUUCGCCCAGGUUGCGGCUCAAGUUUUAUCCAUUACUUGGAAAUUUAAUCCACCCGGCAGUCCUCACUUUAAUGGCCUGGCCGAAGCCGGUGUAAAAUCUAUGAAAUCUCAUUUAUAUCGAACAAUCGGCUCUCAGAUUUUGACAUAUGAAGAAUUCUCCACUAUUCUAACCCAAAUUGAAGCAGUGCUGAAUUCUCGGCCAUUAUCGGUUAUAAGUGCCGAUCCCAAUGAUUUACAACCAUUAACUCCCGGUCACUUUCUGACCUUAGAACCUUUAACAAUUGGUUUUCCAGAAUCUGAUCUGACCUCUAUCCCUCUUAAUAGAUUGUCAAGAUGGCAACUAAUUCAACGUAUGCAUACUGAUUUUUGGAAACGUUGGUCUCAGGAGUAUGUACAUUUAAUGCAAGAACGGCAUAAAUGGACCGAACCUACUCCUGAAAUAAAAUUGAAUUCAUUAGUUCUGAUCAAACAUGAAACAAAAUCUCCGUUAUCUUGGAAAUUGGGUAGAGUCAUAAAGCUUCAUCCCGGAAAAGACAAUAUUGUUCGUGUAGUUACACUUAAAACUGCACAUGGGAUAUUACAAAGACCAGUUGUCAAAAUUUGCCCUUUACCUGGCAACUAA